AUGAUAUUUGGUCAAUAUCCUUAUAAUGAUACAAAUUUAAGAAAUUCAACUUUAUAUAGCACUAUAGUAAAAGAUAUCGAAUUAGAAAACAUAGAAGAUUUUGAGUUGGAAAGCAUAAAAAGUCCCAAAUUAGAAAAAGGCAUAGAAGGUCCUGAAUUAAAUAGCAUAGAAGAUCCCAAAUUAAAAGCAUUGAAGGUUGCCCUUAGCACAGAUUAA